UGAGGAAGUGCAUAUCAGGUGACGGGGUCAUGUGAUCCAGUGGUGCUGUAAGCAGUAAACAGCUUUAGUUUGUAGGAAAGUAAUACAUUAUACAGAAAUUUGAGCUCGUCUCGAAGAAACGUGUGUGUGCGCGAGUGUUCGCUGGGAAAGGCACCGAGAAGAAGUCAACAUGCAAAACGUCAUCAAUUCGGUCAAAGGGACAGCGCUAGGCGUGGCUGAGUUCCUGACGCCAGUACUGAAGGAAUCAAAAUUCAAAGAAACUGGAGUGAUCACCCCAGAAGAGUUUGUGGCUGCCGGAGAUCAUCUGGUCCAUCACUGUCCAACUUGGCAAUGGGCCUCUGGGGAAGAGGCAAAGGUAAAGCCGUAUUUACCAAAGGACAAGCAAUUCUUGUUGACCCGCCAUGUGCCAUGCUACAAACGGUGUAAACAGAUGGAGUAUUCGGAUGAGCAAGAGGCCAUCAUAGAAGAAGAUGAUGGAGACGGAGGUUGGGUGGACACAUAUCACAAUUCAGGGGUAACAGGGGUGAUGGAAGCAGUUCAAGAGCUCACAUUGGACAGUAAGGACAAUAUGAAUCUCAACACUCGCUCGGUAGCAUGUGCAGAGGAGGAUGAGGAUGAUGAAGAGGGAGAAGCUGCUGACAUGGAAGAAUAUGAAGAAAGUGGGCUGUUGGAAACAGACGAGGCAACGCUGGACACCAGUAAAGUGGUAGAAGCUAGCAAACCCAGAGCCGACGCUGGAGGGGAAGAUGCCAUUCUGCAGACUCGAACCUAUGACCUUUAUAUCAACUAUGACAAGUAUUACCAGACUCCACGACUCUGGCUCUUUGGAUAUGACGAGGAUCGACAGCCGCUGACAGUGGAUCAGAUGUAUGAAGACAUUAGCCAGGACCAUGUCAAGAAAACAGUGACAAUUGAGAACCACCCUCAUCUCCCCCCACCAGCCAUGUGUUCAGUACACCCCUGCAGACAUGCAGAAGUAAUGAAAAAAAUCAUUGAGACAGUAGCAGAAGGAGGAGGAGAGCUUGGGGUUCAUAUGUACCUUCUCAUUUUCUUGAAAUUUGUGCAAGCUGUCAUUCCAACUAUAGAAUAUGACUACACAAGACACUUCACCAUGUAAACCUGUCUGACUCCACGGACAACCCUGCAAAACUUUCUGUCUCGGACAUGGAAUUGUUUGGGAUUUUCAUGGCUGGUGCUCCUGACGGUCACAGCAGCUGGCUGGAUUUGACUCCCAUGUGUUGUUAGGAAUCUUUGCGAAACACUGCAUAGUGUUUGAUUUCAGAUGCAAUACUACAGUUUCUACACAGCUGUAUGUGCAUUACUAUCUCUGCCUUCAGAAACAAUAAUAACACAUUGCCAUUCUGGGGAUCACCUUCUUUGGUGCCCAAUGUAGAAUACACUUCCUUCACUGUGUACCUACUCCCACACACCAAUAUACAUAUACAAAUACAAUACUUGCAUUUAGUGAACUUUAGCAAUGCACAAACCUAGACAGAAUUGUAAAAGGAACCACAACAUAAAAUUAACUCCUAACAAUACUUUUUUGUUUGUUUAGUUUUUUUUUUUAAUCGGCCUUAUUAAAGAUUUACUAAGUAAACAGUUAUCUUUUUUUUUUAAACCUCUUUUCUGUAAUCGUGAGGUCAUUUAUCAGUAAACAAAAGCAUAUGAGCACAUAGAUGUGUAUCACUUAUCUAAACAGUUCAGGACUGUAUAGUUUGUUUGAAUUUGGAAACAUUUACCCAGGAGAACCCCAGUUUAUUUGCAUUUCAGUCUUCAGGGCACAUCGUUUCAUACAGAUUAUCAAGCUCCCCGGUGUUAAGCACCUGUAUCAUUUGUCAAAUAAGGGAUGAUUUGAUUUACCACGAAAGCCAUAAUGCAAAGAGAAAACCUAGAAGCAAAAGCAAGGAUGCUAUUCAACUCUUUAAAAGGGAAAAGCUGUUCAAGGAGCAGUAGGGCUCUGUAGGCCAAGCCCCCCCCAAAACAACAAAGCACUUUUUGAUCCAAAGUCACAGGUCACUGCAGUCGCACUUGCAGGAUUACAUUGAAAAACACCUGAUCCGCCAAUCUUCCAGUGUCUUGGGCACUUUUAACACCUCCUUCAUGUGCUUUUUGUUUAGGUUUUUAUUUUUUGUUUAAUGAUAUACACAUUGGUGGCCCUAAAUACAGCUGCCCUUUCUCUCUCUGUUUAUCCUGAUGGGAAUUUUCUGCCCAGCCAUGUUCUAUUAACCUUUGAUUAAAUAUAAUAAAAAAUAAAAAAAGA